AUGCACCAAAACAGCAAUGGUCUCGCCGCAACAUUACCAGUUCUGGCGCCCGGGCCAACAGAUCUAGACCAACGAUAUACACACAAGUGGGAUGCGAUUAUUACGAACUAUCUCAUCCAUUCGACUUGCGAGCACGCCGAGGCCAUUAGUAGCCGGGACUUCGAUCUCAAUUCCGCUCGCUGGACCACUCUCGACUCCAACUUCAAGUUCGACAGCUGGCUCGCCGGCACCCUCGCGCUGACUGGCUCGCAUGAAUGGAUGGCCAUGCUCAAGAAGACCGCCGAGAUGAAUCCUGAUUAUCACAUCCAGAUCCUGGACAUAUCUGUGAGUCUGGCACUUGAUCGAAGACACGCCGAGGUGUUUAUGAACGUCAGGACUGAUGGCCUACCUUCUGGUGUUGUGAGGCAGAAAGUCACUGUGCUGAAGUGGAAGCUGGUGGGAGAGAGAUGGUUCUGCGUGGAAAGGAAGAGCUUUAUGGGAGUCGAAGCUUGA